CUAAGCAAAAUUCUUCCUUAUUUUUCAAGAUUUCAUAUAGCCAAAUUUUCGUAAUAGUUUAUUUUUUAUAUUUUUUUUACAAGAGAGAAAAUUACUUCCUCCGUUACAUAUUACUCGCAACAAAAGAAUUUAUGUUUCAUAAAUAAUACUCCUUUGUUACGAGUAAUUCGUAACGGAGGAAACAUAUUUAGCUAAGUUAUCAAAUUUGGAAUUCUUCAAAAAAAAAAAAGGUUAUUAUAUUUGGAAAAAACAAUUCUAAAAAACUCCUUUAAAUUUCAUUAAUAAAAAAAAAAGGCUCGAUUGACUAAUUGUAUGUUUCCUUUGUUUAUUUACGAAAUUAUUACAAGUACUUGUAAUAGUUAACAUUUUGACUUUAAUCUUAUUUAUAUUUUAUAAAAGAUGCGUAAUUUGACUUUUAUACUGUGAUCCAUCUCCAUGCUUAAUGAAAAAAGUUUUUCCAUAAAACUUUAUUAAAUUCAUCUCAAUAUACUAUUGAUAAUUUAAAAUUUUAAAAUUAUUGCCUAUUGAUAAUUAAAGGUGUACUACUCUUGUCAAAAAUAAAAAAAAAUAAAGGUGUACUACUAGUAAAAAAAGAAAAAAUAAAAAAAAUAUAGGUGUACUAUAUUUUUGGAGUUGGGCCUCAUUUUGACAUUUUCUAUGUAAUCGUACUAAAAUUGUCACAUGAUGCUAAUUGGUAUACACUAGACCCUAGUGUAGGUAGGGGUACCUACACCCCCCUCUAAACUUAUCAUUUUACCCACAUCCCAUAACCCACAAACCUGCAGUAACUACCCACCAAAUCAUUUUAAUUUCUCUCUCAAACCUUCUUCUUCAUUUCUCUAGACUUUCUCUCUCAUCAAAACAAAAAAAUCUGAACCAAAAUUGCUUCAAAAUACUACGAAACUGCUUCAAAAUACUUUGAAAUUGCUUCAAAUGUCUGAUAUUCGAGAUGAAAUUAAACAAUCACAACAAAAAGAGUAAGUAAUUUCGUUAGUUUUGUUCAUUUUUUGAGAUUGUAGUGCAAUUUUAUGUGUGAAACCUUAAUUUUGUUCAUUUUGUUGCGAUUGUAGUGCGAUUUUGCAAAAAACCACUACAGAGAAGAACAUGAAAGAAGAAACUGCAAAAUCGGAGCAAAAUGUAUCUAAAGAGUAAGUAAUUUUGUUCAUUUUUUUUCGAUGACAAUUAUAGUGCGAUUUUAUGUGUGAAACCUAAUUUUUGUUCAAUUUUUUGCAAUUGUAGUAUGAUUUUGGAGAAAAAUACUUCAGAGACGAGUAAUUUGUUGAAAAUUUCUGAAGAAAUAGACGAUGAUGAUGAUGUACCUCUUCAGUCAAGAGUAGACAAAUUGAAAAAAAACCGCCAAAAUGAUCCAAUUGUAGAUCCGGAACUUUUAAAAGAUAUUGACAAGUCAAUUGGUACGGAUUUAACAAUGUCUCCACUACCAAGUGAACAAAGUGAGAACAUUCCUGCUACUAAUGCAACAACUAAGAGUGUGUCUGCUACACAUAACACAACUGACAAAGAGAGUAGGGAUGAAAGCAAGCAAGAAGAAGUUCAACCAAAAGUGCAAAGCAAUCCAGUAAAGAAUAGUCUUGGCCAAAAAAAACCCAAAGAUGAUUCAAGAAUAACAACAUUAAAGGACAAGAUGCAAGAAAUACAUUUAGACAUAGAGAGAAACCCAAAAAAGUACAAAGAAUCGACAAUCAGAAUUAUGAGAAAUCUCAAAAGAAUGGAAAAGGCAAGCAAGGAAAUCAGGAAAGGUGAAGCAAAAAAGAAAGAAAAAGGGCCAAUAGAAGAGAAAACUGUGGAAAAAGAAGGACAAGAAGGAAAAAAAGGGACUGAAAAAGAGAAAAGCCCUAAAGACAAAACUGUGGAAGAUGUCUUUCCAAAGACAACAAAUGUAGAAGAAGGACAAGAGGGAAAAAAAGAGCCUGAAAAGGAGAAAAUCCCUAAAGAGAAAACAGUGGAAGAUGAGUCUACAAAGACAACAGAUCCGAAAGCACAAAUUGCACCUGAUUUUGUUCAAAUUGAGGAUGAAACUUAUCUUCUAGAUCAAGAUGAUGAUAAAGUUUCCACAAAACUUAGUGAGGAGACAGCUCCAUCAUCACAAAAAAGUGAUCAGUCAACCAAAAUGAAAACAAGAUACAAAAUGGUUGCAAGGAAAAACAAAAACAAAAGCCUUGUUGUUGUGCCAAGUGGUAGAAUUACAAGGAGCCAAGAUGUUCUGUUAGAUGAAUCUGAAAAGGGAAGCCUGAAGAAGGAUGUUGAACCUGCUAAAGAAACCGCAAAAAUAGGACAGAAGAGAAGAAUGUCUACAAGGAAUUUUCCUAUUCAAAAGGAAGCUGAUGCACCACCUCCAGCACCUACUCCAAUAAAAAAAAUGGCAGGUGCUCCUGCUGAAUAUCCUCCAGACCAAGGCAAAAAGGGUGGGAAAAAGAAAACUCUAGAAGAAGUGAAGAAAACUUCUAAGGUUGCUGGCAAAAGAAAAGCAGAUGUCAGUCCUGCCAAGAGAAAUGCUGGAAAGAGAAAAAAAAUACAAGAAGUACCAUCAGAUGAACCCUCUCAAGAUCCUACUGAUGAAAGUUCUACUGACAGUGAUGAUGAUAGUGAAGAGUCAGUUUAUAGAGCAGAAGAAGAGCCUGUCAGUGAGGAUGAUUAUGAGGUGGAGGAAGAGGAGGAAGAGGAAGAAGUAAAGCCAAGGAAGAAACAGGCAAAGAAAGGGAAUUCAGUGAAGGCAAAGGUUGAAAAGGAGGAGCAAAAGAUGGUACUGUAUGAUGAAGGAAAGAUUGAAGGUAGGAGAAAAAAGAAAAUGAAAACUGAAAUGGUUCAAGCAAUAGAAACUGAUGAAGUUGAGGAAAUUCAGGAAGAUGAAUUUGAGGAAGAGAAAUCUUCAAAGAGAGGAGGACAUGUGAAGUUCAUUGCAUGGAUAAAAAAGAUGACACCUACCCAAAAACAAGUUAUUGAUAUAGGGUUAGGAAGAUGUUUUUGAAAAAACAAAAAAUGAUGAAAAAGUGGAGGGGUAAAAUCCUGAAGACAUGUCUUACUAUUAGGGUUAUGUAAUGGUGUAGGAUAAAAUAUCUAGAUGGAACAAUUUAACUUAUGUUACUAUCGUGUUGUAACUUGAAACUGGUGUUUCUCAAACUAUUGUAUGUGUGAACAUUAUUUUGUUGAAUAUGUAAUAUGAAUGUGUGGUUUAUGUUAAAUCAAUAGGUUUAUGUUAAA